AUGACGCAUUGUAUCGUAGGUGAGUCUGGCAAUUUGAGCUGCUCAAGCUCGCAACGCCUUGCCCCGGCCAAUUGCACCCUGGAUGGACCUCAGGACACCCAGCGCUCUACCCAAGCCGUGGAACAAUCCAAGAUUACCUUUGAGGACCUGGCCAGUCAAUACCGUCAGAAUCAGCACAGACAAGCCAGUCGAAAGCGGCUGGAAGGCCACUUACAUGCCACUAAAGUCGCUGUGGGUGUUUCCGCUCGCUUGAUCCGUGUCGGAGCUGCUGCCCAAAGAGCUUUGGUCGACCGGCUCCGCCACGAUGACAAGGGAAAUUUCAUUACUAUUUAUCAAACUCUCGUUGAUCUUCAGGAGUCGUGCGAUGCGACAUUUCAGCGCCAUUUCCAGCGGCAGGAUCCGCUGGACGGAUGGCCGCAUACUCGGUCGUCGGUUGUCGACCGUCCUUCGGACUUCUUCCGCCAGCUGAGCCCCCAAUCCAGGACUGAUUUGCUUGACAUUCUACAUUUGGUCCGCACCGAUCCACAAUUUGUGUUUGAAAAACUGCGGGUAUUGACUCCGACCCAACGGGCAGCCCUUGUCUCGUCCACUGGUGCCCCUUGGGAAUCUGGCAGUGAUCUAUCGUCCUCGGCAGCAUCCCGGUCCCGGUCCCAUGGGAUGAAGCGCAGCUCAGCCGCUUCCCUUCCGUACAAGGACCGUACGCUGGCAUUUGAACGCAAAGAUGCCCUCUCAAUAUUGCUGUUCAAUGUCUUUGCAACCCCUCUGGAUACCGAUGCCGCGGAAGCACGAUUACGUUUGGAUGUCUGGUCUUCCGUCUGUGCGAAGCUUCUGACCCAGGACGGGAAUAGGCAUGGUGCUCUUAUUCCCUACAUCUUGACUGCCUGGGCCACGGGAAGUGAGUGGAAAGCGAAGCCGAAGUUCGAACUCUAUCUCAUGGAUAUGCUGCAAGCCGGCGCAUUCCUUCUGGAGCAUGUAGAACCCCCGCCAGGCUUGGAUGUGGAUGUGGAACCGCCUGAUCCUUUACGAACAGAUGUGGCCGAGGAGUUUUUUGCUUCUGCAGUAGAUGCGUUGUUCAAACUCCUGGAUGAUCCAGAUGGAGGGUUUCCACAAGCCGUGAUGCAACUAAGCUGCGCUAUAUUACAGAAACUAGAGCAUCAGGUUGACCGUAACCGAUUUCUCGAAUUGUUAUUCGUUCAAUGGUUCUUCGCCAAGUUCUUAUACGGCGCUUUCACUUUCCCAGAGGCACAUGGUCUUCUCCUUGACUUUCAUGUGCGUAAUGAUGCCCGCGAGAAACUUCUCGGUCAGGUGGGCCUUCGUGCGUAUUCUCAAGUCUACGCCAUACUACGCUCAAUGCACCACUAUUUGAUGGUCCGCUUGACUGUAAGACGUCGGGUGGAAAGCAUGCUCAGCCGCUUUCAACCUGAAUUCCUGGGCAAGGACUCCGACCCAGCAGGAUCGACUCACAAGUACUCGAGUGGGCAGCAAUCACCUGCCGGGUCUAUAAUGCUUUCUGGUACAGAUAUUCUUACAUUACUCAAUACGCUUUACCCUAGGUCAUCCGCCUCAAUGGGCGGCUCUUCAAUGUCGUCUUCCGGGGUCUCUGCCUCUCCAAGUGUUCCCUCUGGCUUCUUAGAAAGACCGAUGACUGCUGUGGCGGAGCCCGGGUUUUUCAAACCCUUCGUCGAACCCUUUUCCAGGCAUGCGACCCAGGGCCAGGGUCUGCUUGCCUCCUCCAUCGGCUUCCUCUCGAAUGCCGAGGAAAGCAUUAACCGCAAUGCCGACCGGAUUCGGUUUGAGCUGUUAGAAAUGUGUGGGCCCGAUGGUCGGGCUAUUCUGGAUCCUCCGGCCGCGGAAGAAUGGGCUGUUUUUUCAAUCUCCAAGCAGGGCAAAUUGACAUGGGGACUAUUCGCUGACGACUGCCAGACUUCACUCUUGGAUAGUACCUUUGCUGAAGAUGCUCAAUCCGCCGCCCUAGAGUCGGAGGACAACCUUGAAGCUCUACAGACGGCCAUUGUGAAGUUGAUUCAGGAAAGUCCUGCCGACGACGGUGCUGAUGUCGACUUGCGGCAUUUCAAAAGUCUUUCCAUGGCAGAUAGUGCAUCGCUCAAGCAACGCUUCAACAAAGCGAUGCAGCACUGCCACCACGAAUCCGACUUCAUUGGUGCCCAUUAUUGGUGGAAUGCGGGCCGCCAGCUUCUUCGCAGCGUCGCAAGUUCUUCUACCAGACUUGCAGAUGACACAUGGAUCCUUGAGCCAAUGCACACUUCCUGCGCCCGCUCCCUCCAGAUGUCACGGGCCGUGAUCGAGCGUUGCGAAACCGAGUUUGCGGCACUCCACAGACAGACUCGGCGAUUGCAGAAACUGGUCAAGGAUAUGAUGGCCACCAUGGCUGGUCUUCGCAACAAGAUGUGGUACAUGACGGAUGUGAAAAAUUCGAUGAGGUAUGAAGAUGCCAAAAACGUUGCUUUGGCUCUGAAGACGAUGAUCUAUUCCGCUCGUCCGCAUAAGCAAACGCCAUAUGAGGGCCGUUCUCGUGGUAACGCGAGAUCAUUUGGCAGCUCGUUUCUCCAGAAGCCGGAGCUGCAGGUCAUGAAUAUCAUGAAAGCGCCGAGCAGUCAAGGUGGCCCUAACAAGCUCUCAGAUGAGCAGGUGGAUUUGAUCCGCAAAUGGCUAUCUCAUAACAAUAUAGACAACUUCUGCAAAGGCGAAGAGCGCAUCCACAGAUUCUGUUAUGAAGUCCAAGCUAGUAUCAAUCGGCUUGUUGGAGAGAGCAUGGGAGAGACCCCCGUGUUGUGGGCCAGCGAGCUCUACCACAAGGAGCGAGCGAUGUACGAAGGAUCGUCCCAGAGAAACUUCCUCGGUCUCUCUUCAAUUCGCCCGUUCAACGCCCCUAGCGAUGAGUCCACAAACCCCUCGCAGGGAUAUGGCAAUCAGUUCCGUCCAGCUGACUCUAUCUCGCGGUAUUCUUCCGAUGCGUCGUCCUUGAACCACAAAGCUUCCAAUCAGAGUCUGCUGUCCGACAAGUGGAGAGGUCCUCGAGAUCCCUCACUUGCAGAUACCUCCUCCAUUGGGGGAUCGCCAAGAAGAGCGGCAUCAACCGCCACGGGCGACUCAUACAGCACCUUCUGGUCGACGCCACAUCAAUCAGCGCAGUAUGCUCCUAGCUCGUCUAGUAUUUUUUCUCGACCUCCAUCGAUGUUCAGUGAUAAUAGUGCACCACCCCCACGCCGAGAUGACCGCAAGACGCAUGGAAAAGCGGCUUUCAUAGAUGAUCUCAAACAGACUCUCACGAGCUUGCUUCUCAGUGAUCUGGGUUCUCCCGUGUGGAGUUGUGGCAGUGAAACUGAUGCUUGGUUCACUAAUGCACUGAACCAGCAACGCAUCCAGGUGCAGAUGAAGAAGCGCGCUCGUAUUCAAAGAUUCUACACCGAAUGUGAUGAGCGGCUUGUCCGCGAUGUGUUGCACCGUGCACCAUCCAAUCGUACGCGAAGCCAAUCCCUUGGAUCGUCAGAACGCCCACUGCUCGGGGACACCGAAACCCCUUUGAAUUCUCGCUGCAAAAAUAGCACUGAGAAUGGAAAAGAUGUACCGCAAUUCUCGUACAGCGCCAUCUUCCAUCGUCUGAUCGAGGUCUUUUCUCGACAUGGAAACCCCUUCGUCAAGCUCAAGGCACUGCGCGAUCUACGAGCAUUGGUGGUCGCUUCCCUCAAUACAACCAACGAGGAGCUGGGUUCAUUUACUCCCUCCCAAGAUCUCAAAUGCCAGCGAGGACGCAGCGCCGGAAUGCAGGGAAAGAGAAGUGCCCGACACAGCUUUUCAGAGUCCCAGGCGAAGCGUGUGCAUGACAAAGCCGCUCUUCACACGCCUACUUCCGCCGUCGCUGAGUCUGUCCUCUUUGACUGCCGCCCUUCAGACUACAGUGCCCCCAGUGAGAACCAAAUAGUCGACGCACUGCGAAGCUUGCUGCUUGAGGUGAAGCCCAAGACUCUUUUCCGAGAUCUUCAGUUCAUCGCGGCCUUUGUUCCGAGCGAGACGCUGAACCAGACCGAUUAUGGGACCGCCUUCUUGCAAUUUGGCCUGGCAGCAUUGAGCCUCAAGGAUGAAGUAUGCAACAGCAUGGUUGAGAUUGCCGACAAUAUCGUAUCUCAAGAGCUCAGCCGGCGCCAUCCUGCUGGAAAUGAACCCCAUCCCCGAGCUGGACAUGCCAUUGAAGAUGCUGCUGGCAUGUGGAUCAUUACAGCCAAGGAGGGCAAUCCAAUUGCCCAGCGGGAGCUGGCGAUCCUCUACCUCACCCAUCCCGAGCUCCUGCCGCGGGUGACACUCCCGCUCACUUUGCUCCGUGACACCUUCAAGGCGGAGAUGAUGUAUCGCCGCGACAAGGACUCGAAAUCCGACCCUCAGAGCAUGUGUCUGGCGCUGCACUGGAUGCAGCUGUCGGCCACCGGUGGAGAUGAGCUUGCACGGAAUCGACUUCGUGAGCGCGAGGAGUUCGAGUCCAUCGCAUAG